AGCCGCCGACGCCAGCGGACGUGCCCCGCGUUCCGCUUCCGCUUCCCCGGUGAUGGGGCCCCGGUCGCUGCCGCCGCUGGAGCCGGGGCGCCGCCCGCAGCGGGGCAAGUGGUACCGGCUGUCGCCGCAGGGGGAGCGGCCCUGCGGCCGUGUGGGGCACGGCUGCGUUCUCCUUCCCGGCAGCGGUACCGGCCGCGUCCUGGUCCUCGGCGGCGCCGACCCCGCCGGUGCAUUCGCGGACGCGCACUUCGUGGAGCUGGGCGCGCACCGAUGGGCCGCGGCCGGCUGGAGCGGGCUGAGGCCGCGCUAUGAGCACGCCACGUUCCUGCCCGCCGCUGGGACCCCUCGGGUUUGGGUCUUCGGAGGCGCCCACCCCGCGGGGAACCGGAGCUGCGUCCAGGUGCUGGACCCGGAAAUAGGAACCUGGGAGAGCCCUGAAGUGAGCGGGGAGCAGCCGCUGGCUCGGACCUUCCACACGUCCUCAGCAGCGGUAGGGGAGUGCCUGUACGUGUUCGGAGGGGGAGAGAAAGGCGCAGAACCAGUCAGAGAUCAGCGGCUUCACGUGUUUGACACAGCCACCCUGACCUGGUCCCAGCCAGAUACUCACGGUGACCCCCCUUCUCCUCGGCACGGACACGUCGUGGUUGCAGUCGGGACCAAACUCUUCAUCCAUGGAGGUUUAGCUGGGGACAUUUUUUACAAUGACCUGUUCUGCAUCGAUACAACUGACAUGAGGUGGGUUAAGGUACCAGCCACCGGUGACAUCCCAGGAGGACGAGCAUCCCACUCAUCAGCUGUGUUUAAAGACCACUUGUACAUUUUUGGUGGAAUAGGUCCAGAGGGGACGCUGGACACCACAUACAAGUAUCACACAGAGAAGCAGCAGUGGACACUCCUACAGUUCGAUGCCCCUCUGCCUGCUGGGAGGCUGGACCAUGCCAUGUGUGUCAUUCCCUGGCAGACUGGGAAGAGCGAACACACAGGAGCUGCCACUGGGGAAGCCACAGCUGGUCCCCUGCUGAAGAGCCAGGAUGAGGGGCAUGCUGGGGCCACAGUUGUGCAUCUGCUAUUGGUAUUUGGUGGGAUGGACACCCAGGGGGAGAUAUACAGUGACUGCAUUGUCAGUCUGAUUGAAUAGCAGAGCUGCGCUCCUGCGCAGCACCAGCCUUUUGUACACUUUUAUACUGUCCGGUUACUUCUUGGCAA